UUUCUUUCAAUUUUAUAUCGCAGGCAGUUUCAAUAGAAGCAAGCUCAACAAUGGCAAGAACCAAGCAGACUGCUCGUAAGUCUACCGGUGGAAAGGCUCCUCGCAAGCAGCUGGCCACCAAGGCUGCUAGGAAAUCUGCUCCGGCUACCGGUGGUGUCAAGAAGCCUCACCGUUUCAGGCCAGGAACUGUGGCCUUGAGAGAAAUCAGAAAGUACCAGAAGAGCACUGAGCUUCUCAUUCGCAAGCUUCCAUUUCAGCGUCUGGUUCGAGAAAUUGCUCAGGAUUUCAAGACCGAUCUGAGGUUUCAGAGCAGUGCUGUGGCUGCUCUCCAGGAAGCCGCUGAGGCGUAUCUGGUAGGGUUGUUUGAAGACACCAACUUGUGUGCCAUUCAUGCGAAGAGGGUUACUAUCAUGCCGAAGGAUAUUCAACUUGCCAGGAGAAUUAGAGGCGAGAGAGCUUAAGAACAAUUUAUCCUUAGAAAUCAAGUGGAUUGUAUCUAGGUCUUCAAUGCUGUUGCCGGCAAAUAUGAGAAAAUGAACAAUGAUCUACUCUCUCAGUAGACUGUUUAAUUAUGAUCAAUGAAUUUAUUUAUCGAAUUAGAUGACUUUUGUUCCUGUUAUAA